AUGAUCGCAUACAUCGUCGUUCCCGCCGCAUUGGGCGCUGCAAUACUGUUGAUUAACUACUUGUCCCCCAAAGAUCUACUCUCGCACGUGCCGACGCACAGUUUUGCGGGGGACAACUCGCGAAAACGCUACAUGACGGAUCUCAAGUCGCUGCUCGAGUCAGGGUAUAGAAGAUACAAUAAAGCGGGACAGGCGUUUAAAGUGACAAUUCCGGUCGGCGGUUAUUCCGUCAAGUACCGCGUAAUCCUCCCCAAAGAUCACCUGGAGGAGAUCAAGCAUCGGUCCAACGACGUCUUCAGCUGGCAACUCGCGUCUAGGGUCAUCUUCGCGCAGGACUACACGGGCGCGCCAGACCGCGGUCCGUGGAGUGGCAAGGCACUGCGGGUCGGCAUCCACCAGAACCUCAAGGACAUCACGGCCCGCCUGGAGCGCCGGAUCAGCGACUACUUCGAUGACAACCUUCCGCAGCGGAAGGGCCAGGUCGCCUCGGUUGACUUCAUGGGCUUCUUCGUCCCGACAAUCACGCACGUCACCAACGCGCUCCUGGUGGACGAGCGGCUGUCUUCCGACCCGGAGUGGGUGAGGCAGACGUCCGAGUUCGCCGUCAACCGCUACGGCGCUGCCGAUGACGUACGUCAGUGGCCGCCGUAUCUCUCGGCGCUGGUCGCACCCUUCAUCCCAUCCGUCAAGAGACUGCGCCAGCAGCGCAAGUAUGUCAUGGACAAGAUGAGGCCCGUUUACGAGGAUCUCAGGGCGCAAGGCCUCCUCGAAAAGAAGAGCCGGAGGAAAGGGGCCUUCGGAUACGAAUGGCUCUGGAGCGGUUCACCGGACGAUGUCACGCUCCAGGACUUCUCCGACACCAUGAUGAGGACCCUGAUUGCCUCGAUCCACACGACGGCUAAGACGAUUAGCGUGGCUUUCGUCGACCUACUUACGCGACCAGAUCUCUUCGAGGAGCUGAAGACCGAGGCAAGGGAAGCGGUUGACGAAGACGGCAGCGUCGAUCUAGAAAAGCUUGUAAAAUUGGACUGCUUCUUGAAGGAGUCGCAGCGCCUUAGCCCUGUGUUCCUCCUCACGAUGAAUAGGAUGCUGACCGAGGAUUACGAGUUCAAAUGCUCCGGCCUGAAGCUGCCGAAGGGCACCAUGAUAAUGGCACCCGCAGCAGCUAUCGCGACGGACCCGGAGACGUUCCGGGAUGCCAAUGCCUUCGACGGGCACCGCUACCUGCGCAUGCGCGAGGACCACAAAGAGUCGGCGAGCUCGCUGGUGUUGGGAAUGUCCACGAUUGACUCCCUAGGUUUCGGGCUGGGUAACCAGGCAUGCCCGGGUCGGUUCCUGGCUGUCAACAAUCUCAAACUGAUGAUGGCCAAGCUCAUGGUGGGAUGGGACUUGGAAAUCGCUAAGAACGGCAGGGAAUACUCGGGGCCACCGCCUCAGAUGGAGUACAACGAUUUUUCCGUUGUUCCGCCUGGAGAGUUUAGCAUGUGCUUGAGAAAGCUGUAG